AUGGAUCACAUUGCAAUUCCAAAGAUUCGACAAGAUGGCAUAUCGAAAUGGGGGCUCAUAUUUCAUACGGAAGCCAAUCUUAUUUAUGAUGAAACAUUGGAUCCAGUUAUGCGCAAAAUGGAAGUCGCACGUUUAAUAGCACCUAAAAUAGCAUAUCAAUGGUUUAGUAACUUACUCAGUUCAGAUUGGUGGUCUAAUUUUUGGUUACACGACGCUCUUGCUACUAUGUUCGGAGAAGAAGCUGUUGCUAAGAGCUUCAAUAAUUCUGAAAUUUUGGAUCUCUUCAUAAUUCAGAAUCAAUACGAAUCUCUUCAUCUGGAUUCUCAUUUUAAUAUGAAUCCUGUGGAAAUGACUACCCUAUCGGACAUUAAUUCAAUUUUCAGUUUUCCUCGUUACAUGAAAGUGAUAAUUGUUUUACGGAUGUUCCGAAGUGCUAUUACCGAUGAAGUGUUUCGAAAUAAUAUCAAUAUAUAUGUAAACAGACAGACGUUCAGUUCAAUAAUAUCUUAUAACUUUUGGUCAAUGAAAGACGAAUUAGAUGAACGAUAUAACUGUAAUUUACCAUCGAAUGAGUUCUUAACUUGGAUCCAGUACAAACAUUAUCCUGUUGUAAUGUGGGAACAAUACAAGCAUCGAGAAAUUACAAAAACAAUAUCGCAAAGUUAUAACAAAACGAAUUACGGGGAGUGGCUGAUACCCAUAACUUUAAGGGAAUUAAAAUUACUUUUUGAAGAUUUGAAGACAUGUUUAAAACCAAAUGUAAAUUCUAUCGUGUAUCCCACAACUUCUCCUUUAAAUGAACUUUGGAUGGUGAACUUUCAGCAAGCUGGUAAAUAUUUGGAAAAGCCACUGAAGACACUAGGAUAUGAAGAACAUCUGAUGGAAAAUGACUUCGCCAAAUGUUUAAGACAAGAAAUUGUGAAAUGGGCAUGUAUCCUCCAAGACUAUCAGUGUGAACAAUCAGCUCUUCGUAAAUUACUGCAACAUUUCGAAAAUCCUGAAAUAAAUCCCCUUUUACCAUGGUGGAAGCACUGGACAUAUUGCAAUGGUUUUGUAACAGCUUAUUCGUUUACGUGGUUACACAUAAAAGAUGCAUUGUUCAAAGGACGUAAUCAUACGUUGCUACCCUUCUUAACUUGUUUUAGAUAUGCUUCUUCAAAUAUGACUUCUUCAUUAUUAUUGGAGCGUUUCCAAGAGGAAGGACAACAAAACAUUACGAAUAUUCGUUCGUACAUAAACAUUUUUCAUUCAGUUAUUAUGAAAUAUUCUAACACACAUGACAUACUCGAGAUGAUAUUUAAAAAGCUCGAGAUUAUGAAACCUGAACAAAUCAACUUGUUAACAGCGCUGGUUGAUAUCAUUAACCAUGUAUAUUCUUCCAAAUAUCUUAUGAAGAUUCAAGAUGAUUAUUUAAAUUUACUUCUCUUUAGAGGUUACAUAAAUAGAUCACAACUUUUGAUAAUUGAACGCAAGAUAUCCAUCCGAUUGUCAGAAAUUGUCGCUCAUACAGGAUAUUUUCGAUUUAUAAACCGUCUUUAA